AUGAUGGAAGAGCGCUCCCGAAAAUGCUUCUCUUGUAGCGAAGAGGGUCACAGAGCCAGGAAAUGUCCCAAACCAAGAACAACGGCAGCACCAGGCAAGACGGUGGAUCCAACGCAGAAGUUGAAUCGACACGACCGUCCACAACAACAGAAUCCUCAGUCUACAAACAAGGCCUCAAUAACCACCCGCCUACAGGAAUGGUGCGGCACUGUGUCAGUGCCCAGAAAAGGUUCCUCCUCCAAAUCACAGGCGUAUGGAAAGCCAUCAUUGUGCGAGGUGAUCUCAUUAGGUAUUCGAGCCAAAGCUCUCAUAGAUACCGGGAGCGUCAUCUCAAUAAUCUCGCUAGGGACACUAAGGCGAGCACAGAAGGAAGGCGCAGACCUAGACAGCAUGGUGACCAUGCUUGGAGAAGUAAACGUACAGGACAUCAAGGAUGCCUCGGGCAACCCCAUGAAGUUCUUACAGCUGAUCUCCACUAACCUUGAGGUACAAGGUGCGGGGAAGGCACGAGUACUCAUGCAUGUGCAGGACAGCAUGAAUGAGACAAUACUACUGGGCACAAAUGCCCUAGAAAGCCUUGGCAUAUACAUCACCUUCAAGAAACCAGACACCCACCUAAGUGUGAAGAGCUGGAGACAUAGCACUACAGAGGAAGCCAGGGUAGUCGCAAGAGUGCUCGUACCACCAGGUGGUACUUCCAACGUUAACAUAACAGGUCCAAUCUUACACGGCGAAAGGGUACUGAGCUCCAGUACCGAGAGGAUAGGCUCUGGAGUCUGCCACAUAGAAAAUGGUACCACCGUCGUUCCAGUAACCAAUCAGAGCAAGCAACCUUGGACUCUUAGAAAAGGUGACCGCGUAGGAUGUUGGACAAAUGUAAACAUGGUUUAA